UACAAAGACAGAAGUGCAAGUGGUUGGUGUUUCUGUCUCGACAGAGCGAUGGGGCUGUGCAGGCAGGACUGAGCGCUCCCACGACCUGCCUGCCAGCACAAACACCUGCAACCGGACCCUCAGCGCAGCCUCAGCAGCCUCAGCGGACCCUCAGCGUGACGCCGGUCCUGGACCCGCAGCAGCAACAUGAGCGAGUCCAGCAUCUGCCAGGUCAAGGCCACGGUCAUGCUGUACGACGACGGACACAAGCGCUGGAUCCCAGCAGGAUCCGACACCCCGUCCUUCAGCCGAGUCCAGAUCUUUCACAACCCUGCAGCCAACACCUUCAGAGUGGUGGGCCGCAAGCUGCAGGCCAACCAGCAGGUGGUGAUAAACUGUGCUGUGGUCAGAGGGAUGAAGUAUAAUCAAGCUACAGCAAACUUCCACCAGUGGAGGGAUUCCAAACAAGUGUGGGGGCUGAACUUCAGCAGCAAAGACGACGCGGUCCUGUUUGCCAGCUCCAUGACUCAGGCUCUGGAGGCUCUCAGCGCCCCAGCAGACCCAGGUCAGCACCAGAACACCCCCAGCCCUGCUCACGCUGGACCCUCUGCACAGCAGCUGGAACAACAGAAGAGCAGGCAGGAGCAACAGGAGAGAGACCGGCAGGCCUCUGCUGCCCCUUCUGCCCCACCUGCCCCACCUGCCCCACCUGCCCCACCCGCCCCACCUGCUCCACCACCCCUUCCCACCGCCCCGCCAGCACCUCCACCCCCGCCUUCCUCCGGACCACCACCGCCUCCAUCCGGAGGUCCACCUGCACCACCUCCACCUCCGAUGGGAGGAGGAGGAGGAGGAGGAGGAGGAGGAGGAGGAGGGGGGCUGGCAGCAGCUCUGGCAGGAGCCAAACUGCGUAAAGCUGCCAGGGAUGAAGAUGCAGCAGCGACACCAGCCAGCAAGCCACCUCCACCUUCGCCUGGAGGAGGUGGCGGAGGUGGCGGAGGUGGAGGAGGUGGAGGAGGUGGAGGAGGCCUUAUGGGAGAAAUGAGUGCCAUCCUGGCCAGAAGGAGGAAAGCUGCUGAUAGUCCCUCUGCAAAGAAGGAAGAACCUGUCAAUGAGGAUUCUGGCUCGGCGGUGAAGUCCUCAGGACCCGGAGAGACCGGCCAGCUGAGGGACAAGAGCGGCGCCGCGCCCAGCAGGCAGAAAGCUUUCAGCUCCAGCCAGAAGGACUCCAGCCCCACCCUCAGCUCCUCCAACUCCCCCUUCCAGAGCCCCGGCCCGGCGUCCAGGGUCAAAGUGACGAAGAGGAGCUCAGAGCCUGCAGGAAGCGACGCUGAGCUGGACAGAGUCAAAGAGGAAAUCCUGGAAGAGGUGAAGAAAGAGCUGCAGAAAGUGAAGGAAGACAUCAUCAGUGCGCUGAUCCAGGAGCUGCAGGCCGCUCGGCUCGGGGCUGGAGACUCGUGAAGGACGGCGGACGCCACUCCGUCCCCACUGGCCUUUCACCCGACGCUCCGGCGCCGCGCUGGAGCAGAGUCUCUGACCGCCGAGCCUUCUGGGACGUUUCAGGGCUGAGACCGACCACAGAACAGGCUCGCAGAGAACAACCAGCUUCUUUUCUUUCUUUCUUUACGUUUGGCUUUGAGAAGCAGGAACAGAGACGUCCUCUGUUUCUGUCAGCCUGCAGAUGUCCGUUCAUGUUCGAAACGUUGCAAAAUAAAUCAUUUUCAAUAACA